ACCUACCCAGCCCAGCCUACAGAAUAACGAAUACAGAUUGUACACUCGAACAUCCAUCUUUGAAACUUUUGGAUAGACAUAUACCUUCGUUUUAUCGAGAUGGCCACCGUAUUCACUCCAUGGAAGGAUGAAUCGGCCCUCCUCGCCGUGCGGAACGAGUUCUAUCCCCCGCCUGGAUACAAUGGGCCAGACCACCGGUCUCACGCUUGCAAAAUAGUGGCUUUAUGGAAGCAAAAGGGAACCCUCCCUCAUCCCGUUGAAGCGACCGCCCUCUUGACGGACGCGAUUCUGCACGACGACGCAGAGAGAAAUUCCGUCUUUUCAAUCCGGGCCACUUAUUCAGCUGCUUUUUGCAGAUUUGUGACUGGUCUCGUCGACUCGAAACUCCACGGCCAAAGAAAGACCAUGUUCGCGCGGGCGAUGGACCUAGGUCUACCGGCUUCUUUUGUCGAGUUGCGCCAUGAAGCCACGCACAGAGAGUUGCCUUCUCUGGUUGUGCUGCGAAAGGCGGCAAGUCGCUCGCUCGAUUGGCUGUGGGGGUAUUACUGGGGAGAACUCUCGUCUUCUGGUGCGACUGGUAUACCACCAAUCAAGGAGAUGAUUCGAUCUUCACUCAAGGAAACUACAAAGGGAAAACACCCUGCAUCACUGAACCAACUGGCUGCUCGGUUGGGCGCGGCGUGCCAGUCCGAGAGGGGAGUGUACACCCUCGCGCGGGUUCUCAUCGACGAGGCGAUUCUAAACACAACCGAGCAUACGCUGGACGUUGCACUCGACUUGCUCCUGCAAAAGCUCACGGACAACAAGCCUGUUUUCCUGUCUGUUCUAGUCGAGGAGAUGGUCAACGACUUGGUUUUCGCUUCUUCCGACAACAACAACAACAACAAGGUAGAUCCAGAAGACUCCCGAAAUGACCUGUACAUGUGGCUGGACCACAUCCUGUCCUCGCCGGAAUGGGAGUCUGCCCGUCGGGUCCUCUCGCGUGGCUACCUGGACGCAGCGUGCAAAAACCCGGGGUACUGGACUGAUAGGCUGAGACGUUUAAACACGCGGGAUCCAUUAGUGUCUUUGUCUUUGCCAGAUCCUGCGAAUGAUCUCCAUAUGCGUGUAGAGACGGGGUGGGACAGUUUAAAAGAUUACGGUUGGUGUAGCUAGUUGUAUAAAACAAGACACUACUACUACUACUAUAAGUAACUAAGUGCAA